CCCUAGGUUGGAGCACUCGGAUGGGACAGUCGGGGGCAGCUUGGUAGCCAGGGUAGGCAAUACUUAGCGGCUAUCCCAGUGGCCCUGGGAAGGUGCUUACUUACCCGCACGCCCCAGAAGCCGUCACUGCGGGGCACAUGACUGAAAGCUCAGCCUCCCAGGCUCCCUCCCCGCCCCACUCCGGCUCUCCCCCGCCGCCGCCCUAGCUGCUGCUCCGUGCACAGCCUCUGCUCGCUGCCUGCUGCCCUCUCUGUGGCGUCUGCAGCGGGGCGGAAGCCGGCCGGGCCGAGCCGGGCCAAGCUGCUGCGCUGGCCUGCUGCUCGCCUCCUGCAAGUUCAUUGGGAAUGCGGAUCACCCUCUUUUCAUCAGGGCUUUUUUAGGAAACCGAAACCAAGAACACAGACGUGCUUGGUCCCCGCCACCCUGCAGCUCACCCCCCGGGGCUCCCUGAAACGCCAGCUCAGCUCCGCCAAGCUUAGCCUGCCUGGCCGGACGGGAGAGCGUAGGCGAGGUCAUUGCGCGGGGCCAGCGAGGGUCGAGGGGGCCGGGCUCCAUCCAGCUCCCGGCCAUUGGGCUCCGAGGACGCAGCAGUUUGGGCUGCUCACGGCAGGCAGCUAGCUCCUGGCGCACCGGCAAUGGCCAAGUGCGGCUUCUACGUGGUGGGGACGCUGUCCCUGCUCCUGCUGGUCUGCAGUGUCACGCUGCUCGUGGCCCGCGUGUUCCAGAAGGCUGUGGACCAAACAAUUGAGCAGAACACUGUGUUAAAGAAUGGUACUGAGAUAUUUGACUCCUGGGAAAACCCCCCUCCUCCAAUACAUAUGCAGUUCUAUUUCUUCAAUGUCACCAAUCCAGAUGAAAUCCUCCAGGGGGAGGACCCUCAUGUGGAAGAAGUGGGACCAUAUACCUAUAGGGAAUACCGACCUAGAGAGAAUAUUCGUUUUUGGGAUAAUGGGACAAAAAUAUCUGCAGUUAACCCCAAGAGCUACAUUUUUCAACGGGACCUAUCUGUUGGAGACCCUGAAGUUGACUUGAUCAGAACUUUAAAUAUUCCUGCCAUAACAGCUAUGGAAUGGACCAAAAUCAAUGUGCUGAAAGAGAUCCUGGAAGGACUACUAAAGACAUAUCAGCAGAAACUGUUUGUGACCCACACUGUGCAUGAUCUACUAUGGGGCUACAAAGAUGAACUCUUCUCACUCAUUAGUAUUUUCAAACCAGAUAUCUCACCAUACUUUGGCUUAUUUUAUGGGAAAAAUGGAACUGAUGAUGGUGAUUAUCUUUUUCUAACUGGAGAAGACAGUUAUCUUAAUUUUACAAAGAUUCUUGAAUGGAAUGGGAGAAGGUCACUUAACUGGUGGACAUCAGAGAAAUGCAAUAUGAUUAAUGGAACUGAUGGGAACUCCUUUCAUCCUUUAAUAUCCAAAGAUGAACUCCUUUAUGUUUUUGCCUCCGAUUUUUGCAGGUCAGUGUAUCUAACAUUCAGUGACAUCGGAAAUGUGGAAGAAAUCCCUUUCUUUCGGUUUACCCUACCACCUGAAAUGUUGGCCAAUAAUUCUGAUAACAGCUGCUUCUGUAUUCCAUCAGGAAACUGUUUGGGUUCGGGUGUCCUGAACGUCAGUAUCUGUAAGAAUGGUGCUCCCAUUUUUCUGUCUUCUCCACACUUCUAUCAAGGAGAUGAGAAAUUUAUUUCAGCUAUAAAAGGCAUGAAUCCAAAUAAGGAAGACCAUGAAACAUUCAUGGAUAUCAACCCUCUGACUGGGAUUAUCCUAAGAGGAUCCAAUAGGUUUCAGAUCAAUGUUCACGUCCGACAAAUAGAUGGAUUUGAGGAAACUGGAAACAUCAAGAGUUUAGUUUUCCCAGUUAUGUAUCUAAAUGAGAGUGUUCUUAUCGAUAAAGAUUCUGCAACAAAACUCAAGUCCGUAAUAAAUGCCACUAUGGUCAUCACCAACAUCCCCUACAUCAUCAUGGCUCUGGGAGUACUCUUAGGUUUGAUCUUUACCUGGAUGGCAUGCAAAGGACAAGGGUCAACAGAAGAGGGCACUGCUGAUGAAAGAGCACCCCUCAUGAGGACCUGAGAUCUUCCCUACUAUUUGAGCUUGGUGAAUGAACUAUGCAAGCGGACAAAAUUCCAACCACUACUUCCUUGGGAAAGCAUCUUUGUGUUCAUCAACAAGUCAGUCAAUUAAGCAUUUAUUAAGUGCUUACUGUGUUCCAGGCACUGUGCUAAGUGCAGGGGAUUCAGAUAUAAGCAAAAAGAAAAGAUAGCCCCAUCCCUCAAGGAGCUUACUUUCUAAUAAUCAGCUAAUUAACUAAUUUGAUGCACUAUUGAUAUGGGGGGAAAUACAACAUCACUGUUCCAGCUGGCUGCUAAGUUAGCUUUUGAAGAACUGACUGACAGUGGCUGGUGACUAUACUUUCUGAAAUCAUACAGCCCAUUGCAAGUUGCUUUGUGUUCAUGUUUGUGGCGGGCAUUUUAAAUAAAUACUGUAAGUAUUAAUGAUUUUGGGGUUGUUGGAAUGCUAGAAGUUUCAUAUCACCUGUUGUGGUUAAAAUGUCUCUGCAUCUUGUUAGAUAUUGGGACUAAUCUCAUUUUCUAAGAUACUAUAUGCUCCUAAAAACCCAACUUUAGUUACCACUUCAUCUUCUCAUUUUAAAACCAAUCAUUUUAAACCAUAGGAUCAUUGUAUAGUUGGGUCUUCCCUGCUACUCACAGAUGAGAUCUUUGUCCCUAUACAAACUGUAAUUAACUAUUAACACCACAUUUGAGAAUGACUGAAUCAUGGCUGGACACGUUUCUGAGUCAUGGUCUUAGACUCACUUUUUAAAAGGAGAGGAAAGGAGGAGCCACAGCUGAGAUAGGAGAGAAACUCUCUCCAGAACCUUAGGCUCAAGAUUUCCCCCUCCAAGAAAAAGCCUGCACUCCUUUGAGGCUCUCCUGGGAAUGCUCGUGGCUCAGGAGAGGAAGGAACCAUGUGACAGGGGAAUAUGUGUUCCAAGACAAAUGAAGCAAUCUCUAGACCAAGCUUUCUGGAUGCUGUGGAGCACAACGCUGCGUUCCUGGACCAAGCAGAAGAAUUUGAAUCAAUAAGAGCUGGAGCUGAAGAGGGGCAAGAGACAGCUUUCAAUGAGACAAACAGAUCUGGGGAGCUUACCUUUUUGUUGUCAUUAUUAAUAGAACUGCAUACCUAGGAGAAGGGGUUAAGAGGCAAUGCAAUCCUAAUGCCCUUGGGGUCAGAAAGAUUUGGAUUGGAGUCCUCCCUCAGAUACCUAGGAGAUGUGUGAUCCUGGACAAAAUUGACCUCUCUGAGCCUUCAUUUAUAAAAUGAAGGGGUUGGAUUUGAUAAAUUCUUAAGCCCUUCCAACUCCAAAUCUAUGAGCCUAUGAUCAAUUCUUUAAUAAUUCUGAGUUCUUUCCCUUGGUUGGGGGCCUUAUUCUAGUCCUUAAAUCAGGAGGGAUAUAAGAUGGGAAUAUGGGGAAGGCCUCAACUUCCCCAUAAUCUGGAAAACUUUAUAGAUUCUUUAGGGGAAGAGGGACUUCCUGAGGGGUAAAGUCAAUUCCUUAUGACUCCACUGCCUUCCCUGUUCAGGGGCCUUCAUCACUUGGGUAGUUGCUAAGGAAUAGAGACCAUGAGAGAUGGAAGAAAAAUUAGAAGAGUCAUUUUUAACAGUUCAGGGACUAAGAUGUGAGUCACUACUGUUUUGUAUUUUUUGCAGGGUUAAAUAAAGUCUUUCCUAUAUUCAGUAUAUGUUAGCCUAAGUGAUUGCAUGGAAGUUGAGGUCUCUUAAUUUUUUUUUUGUAAAGAUCAGUCAGUUGAUAAGAAUUUAUUACGCACUUAUUGUGUGCCAGAUACUCUGCCAAGUUUUGGGAAUACAAAAAGAAGUAAGACAGUUCUCUGCCCUUAGUGAGCUCCCAAUCGAAUGAGACAAAUAAAUUAAUAUGUUCAAACAAGCUAUAUACAGGAGAAAUAGAAAGUAAUUAAAAGAAGACAAGACACUAGAAUUAAGAGGGAUUGGCAAAAGUGUCUUGGAGGUAGGAUUUUAAUUGGGACUUGAAGGAAGCUAAGUAAGCUAGAGAUGAAAAGGGAGACCAUUCCAGGAAUGGGGGACAGCUGGAAAGAACACCCAGAACUGUCUCUUGUUUAUGCAACAGCCAUUAUGCCAUUGUCAUAGGAUUGAAGAGUACAGGCCUAUAAGAUGUAAGGAAAGAAUCAGAUACUACAGUUGCAAAGAUCUGGGUAAGAGUUAUAUUCUAGUAUCCAUAAAUUUAGGGAAGUGGGGUAAAAUGAACCAAAUAAUGAUGUUCUUAAAAGAAGAUAACCUGGCUAUCAACAUCAACUAAAGAAGGGUUCUUUGAGAGCUUCCCUCCCCCAAGAUUCAAUGCAGUUCACAUAAAUCUAGGUGAAUAAACUGGUAAAGUAACUAGUUAGGCAAAUGGCUGCUGAGAGUAAGAUGUCUACCUCUCUCAUAGUAAUUGAUUAUCUUUAAGAAAAAGCUAAUUCUAUUUUUAAGCUGACUUAGAGGAUCUUAGAAUCAUAGACCAUUCACUCCUGAAGCUUCCUUUCAACUUAUUAUAGAUGGGAAACUCAACUUCUAAAUGCCACAUAGCUAAUUAGUGACAGGAUUAUGAUUAGUGUCCCCUCUCCAGAGUCCUAAAUUAAGGAUCUUUCCAUGUCUACUCCACUAUCCCCCCAGAAACUUUUAGACUUAAGACAUUUAUGUAUGUAGGGAUGAGAGUAAAAGGGAUUAUAUAUGAGGAUGGUAGACAAAUGGUAUAGAAAACCUUUGAUAGGAUUAUUGUUCAUUCCAGAAGUUUGGGCAUGCAUAUGUAUUCCUAUGCUUGUCAAAAUUACUGCAGACACAUAUGGACAAUUUAAAAUUAAAAUUGAAGAAAACUAUUUUGGAAUUUGAGCAGCAAUAAUGAUAGUGUUAUAAAAAUAUGAAGACAUUGUAUUAUGACAUUGUUCUCAUCUGAGGUUUCACUUUAGCAAAAGAUUCACCCAGUACUCCUUGAAUAAAAAAUCUUAAUCAGUUUGAGAGAGGGAUAGUAAUUUUUGGAAACUAAAAUCAUUUGAAAAGGUUUUUUUUUGUUUAUGGUGACCAAACUAAGAAUGAGAAUAUAUUUUUGUCUGAUUUAAUUAAAAGAGCUAUCUCUGUUUAUCUUUGAGCACAUCCAAUGGGGACUUCUCAGGGGCAGUGGUUGGUUUCAGGAAGAUAUUUUCACCAAGAGUGCCUCAGCAGUGAUGUACCUAAUUGUUCUCUUUGGUUAAAAAAAAAAUCUAAGCUUAAACUAUGUACCUUUUUUGUUGUUCUUUGUGAAAUUUCAUCUUUUGUUUCAUAACUAUAAGUUAGAAGUUAUUUGGGGAAAAAGGAAUAUUUUGAUAAGAAGAACGGUCUAAUCCUCUCUCCAAGAAGAAAUGCUCACAUAUAGUCUCUGACAGAUUUUGGCUAAAAUGCAUAACAGAAAUUAUUUUCCUUCAUAUAGUACUCUAUUAGAAACAAAUCAAAUCAACAAGCUUUUUAUUAAGUACCUAUAUGCCAGGGACACAAAGAAAGGCAAAAACCAGUUUCUGUCUCAAGGAGCCUUCAUCUAAUAGAAAAGAUAAACUGCAAAUUGGUAGGUAUAAGCAAGUUAUAGACAAUAUAGAUUGGAGAUAAUUAUAGAGGAAAGGACUAGAAUUAAGAGGAACUGGAAAAGGCUUCUUGUAGAAGAUGAAAUUUUAAUGUUAAAAUUGUUUUAAGCUGCAAUUGAAGGGAAAUUAAAUAAUACUUUUUUUAAAAAAGAAAAUAAAAUUUUAUCUGAGACUUGAAGGACAUCACGAAGUAGAGAUGAGGAGGGAAAGUGUUCUAGAAACAGAAAAAAGAAAUGUUAUCAAACAUGUUCUUUCCAAUAAGCUGUCAUUACUUUGACCAGAUCGAUCACAUAGAUCCCUAAUGGCCACUUGAAAAAUAGCUUAUGAGAUACUAGCUUAUGAAAAUUAGAAUUCCUAUCUUUCCCCAACUAUGGUGUCUCACAACUGUCAGGAAAUCAUCAUCCAGAUCCCACUGGCUGUUUUUCCCCACAGCAACAUGAAGACCACAGGAUGAAAAGUGCACAUAGAUUUUGGCAGCUCUGAAGCAGUUUUGAGUGGGAGCUCAAGGUCACUUUUUAGGAAGUAUCUCCUGGAUCACUGCCACCCACUUAGUUGAGAAAUAUGUGCCUCUGAACUUCAUGGGCCAUCCUUUUUGCUGACAUGUACUGAAUGGGGGCAAAUGCCAGGGUACCAAGUAUAGCUAGCAAGAUUACUAGGAAGCAAAAGUGGGAUAGGACCACAGCCUUCUUACUUUUCCUAUAAAUCCACCUUACAUUUAACUUCAAGAACUCUUGAGAACUUAUUUUGAUUAUCAAAGAUCAUCAUCUACUUCAAAAUACAAUCUUCAUUACAAUAAUAACAGCUAGCAAUUAUUUAUAUAAUAUUUUAAAAUUUGCAAAAUACUUUAUAAUUAUCUCAUUUUAUCCCUCUAAGAAUCCUGAGUAGGAAGUUAUUAUCCCCAUUUUACAGAUGAGAAAACUGAGGUAGGUAGAAACUAAGUGACUUGCCCAGAGUCAUGUAGCUAUCAAGUAUCCAAAUCUAGAGUUUUAUCUACUAUACCACCCAGCUGCCUUAUUUGGUCAUACCAUAAGGUGGUCCAAUCUUUAGGUUUUCAGAAAAAUUAGUAAUGUUUUUAGUAGAAAACAAUUUCUUUAUGUGUUCAAAUAUCAGUAUAGUCAUUUGAUCUUCCCUUAUUACUGGCCUUUGCCUGUGUGGCUUUUUUUUAAUUUAAAUUUUUAAAAAGUAUUGAAUAGCCUGUGAUUUUAAAGGGCUUCUACAUGUAUGUCUCCUUGGUGCUAUAGGAUGAUAUUUGAUUUGAAAUCUCUAAUUGAUUUGUGCCAAUUUUCUGUGAACUAAAUGCAUUUCAAAGAAUUUUUCCCUUCAAAAUUUAUGCACAUUAAGGGCAGAUGAGUCCACCAAGGGACCAAACAUUGGGCAUAGGAGGGAGAAGCCUUCCUCUCCAUUCAAUAUACUCAGUUUUGAGUGGCAGCUAAGAAAGUCUUUGGAUUGUCAAUAAGCAAGCAUUUAUAUUAAGUGCUUACUAUAUGCAAGGUACUAUGAUAAACAUUGAAAAUAGAAUAUAAGGAGGGAAAAAGUCCUUGCUUUCACGAAUCAUGAGGGAGACUGGGUGGAGAGAGAUAGGAUCUUGGAAAGGGUGGCUGGGGAGGUAAUUUAUCUACACAUGAAAGUCAGCAAAUCCAGGAGUGGAGCCUGAAGGUGUGAACCUGGCUGAUCUGGGCACUUCCUUAAAAUAUAGGUUCUGAAAGGAAUUGACCAAUCAGAGCAAGAGGUUCCAGGGAUCUUCCAAACAUUUCUCUUCCAAUCUGAUUAUAUAACUCUUCCACCUUUAGGCAUAAAUAUAUAUUUUUUUUAUUCUGUGCCAUUAUUCAUUGGUAAUGUGUUGCCACCUAUUUUUGUUCAUCAGGAAGUGUUGCAUUGCAAUGAGUGUGGGCCAGACCUGUAAUUCUUCAGACAUGUGAUAUUUCAUGAUUUGCAGCCAUAGAAUAUUCUCUAAAAAUGCCAGUGUUAAAAAAGAUAUGCCUACCUUUGAAGGGGAAGCUUGGAAUCAUUUAAAGCAUUCAAGUUUACCAAAUAAUUCAGCCUUUCUAUUUAAUACUAGAUCCAUUCCCAGUUUCUGUAUGAAAAAUAUACAGUGAUGAUCAGUACUUUAUAAUUACCCUCUGACUGUAUACCACUGCCCAGAUAAUACAUGUUUUUUAGCCACUUGUUUUUAAUUCUAUGCAUAGUAAAGUUGGACCAUCCUAAUGUGAUUGGGUAACUCCUUUAGAAGUUUGCAAUCAAUAUCAUGUGAAGGUUUCUAAAGAACCCCUACCUCUACAGGGAAUCUGUCUUCCUUUAGACUUUGAUCAGGUUCAGAAAAAGACACAUUUGACAAGAGUAUAUCUCAAUUUAUUCUUCUCUAGAUAACAGUAUUCAGAAAACCAUGAGAUAAGAUCAUCUCUAUCCCAGCUUUCAAGGAAUUUCGACCUAGGCAUGGGAGACAGCUUAGUAAGGAGAGCCUUUGAAAGGUGGCAUUUUGUUUUGUCCAAUAUGCUCUCCCAGGACAGUAGACACAGACCCCUAUGAAAGGUGAAAGGUGGUGAGCAGGUGAUCACGUCUUAAAACAGUGAGAAUCAGUAGAGGAGGAAAAAAUGUGCUUAUAGAAAACCUGCAAGAUCUAGCCAAUCCCAGUUACUUUUGUACUCAUACCUUCUGGAUGACUUGGCUUAAAUCUUUUAUUGGGCUCUCUCCAUUAUUCAUUUUUUUUCUUUAAGAUUUUACAGACAAGAUUUUGCAUUUACAAAUAUAAGGUCACAUAUUGUGAACGCCUGUUAAUUUGGGGGGAGGAGGAAGAAAAGCCAUUUUCAGAUUAUUUGUUCAUUUAUGAGAUUAUCUCAUACUUCCAUUUUUUUCUUUUUGUAAACCUGAAAAUCAAAUUAAGCAAAUACAUUGAAAAUGACUUCCUUUGCAGGAGAAUCUGUGGUCAACCUAUGAACAACUGCAGCAAUUAAUAUGUGCUACUAAUUGGUAACACUUAUUUGAAAGGCAGAAUGGCUUGAAACCUAGAGAACCUGCUUUGGAGUCAGCAAAAACUGGAGUUUCGCUAUGUCACUCUGGGAAGGUCCUUAGCCACUUAGGAUCCCAACCAAGUCUCUAAGGCUCUAAAUUGCAGAAUAGUUUGCAUUUAUAGAGGGGGUUGUCUUUAUCAAUGAAACAAAUCAUAGGUUAAGGUCUUUACAAACUUUAGUCUUGUCAACAUCAUAGGGAAGUUAGUGGCCAGUGUUAUUAAAUUCAAUUUGUAAAUGGAGGAUAUUAGUUACUGGAACUGAAAUCUUUUGAUUUUGUCUCUGAUACAUAAUAGGUGCUUAGGAAGAUAUUAGAUGUUAGAACUUAAAUCUCUUGACUUUGUCCCUGAUACAUAAUAGGGGCUUAAUAAAUGUUUAUAGACUGGCUGACUGCUGUGGCAGUUGCUACCACAUGACUUUUUCUUCUUGUCCUUGAAAGGAAAAAGCAUUAAAAAGCCAAACAGAAUAAUUAGCCACUCCUGGGGCUUUUAUUUCAAAAUCAAUCAUUGAUUAUAAAAUUUAAGUUGAUUAUUGAGAUUUGAUGUUUAUAAAAAGUGAUCUUCAGUUUUGGCCUGUCAUAUUUCUGCCUCCUCCUAACCCCCUUUUAACUAUUUUUCCUUUUUUGUGGCCACUAAAGAAGAUAUUCAGAAUAGUGCACAUUUAGUUUUUACAAUGGACUCAUUUAAUGUGAUUCUAAAAAUGCUUGUUUCUACUGUUAAUAAAAACAAAAUGUUUCACUAAUAAAGUUAUCAUUUCUAUAAAA